CAUGGCUUAUUAAGCAAGUCCUACAAGAUUCACAUGUUUAUAGAUUGAAAUACAGACUUAUUUUGUCUGCUAAAGAGAUUUACUUUAUUAAAAUAAUAAUUCUAGCCGAGCGAUUGCAUAAUCUCUCAGAUCAGGUCUGUGUCUUACUGUCAAUCACAUCAGAAAUUGCAGUAAUCUUAAAUCUUAUUGGACCAUCAAAGUUCAUCUUUCAACUAUUAUUUUUUUUUCCAUCUUUCUUUUCUCUUUACAAAAAAAAAAAAAUGUCAAACGACGAGAAGAAGUAUGAUAAAAUUCUAGUAAAGAACUUGGUGUUGAAGAAUAUUGCUGGAGUUGAAGCAUGGCAAAGACUGAAAGAACAGCCUGUAGUAAUUACUGUUGCCUUAUAUACAGACAUUUCUGCCGCGGGAAAUACCGAUCAUGUCACAAACACGAUCCAUUACGGCCAUGUCACCAAGGCGAUUACCAAACUGAGUGAAAAGACAUCGUUCCAGUCACUUGAAGAACUAGCAUACGCUAUUGUCAAGCUAUGCUGUGUUCAAUUUGGUGCUGCAAGAACACAAGUGACGGUAGAGCAACCCAAGGCCUUGCUACACGCUGCUGCUUCGGGAGUAAAGCUCACACGAGCACGCGAAGACUUUGAACAGGACGAUUUGACUGGAGCUGUCUCUGGACUAGGAGUAGAGGAUGAGAUGUUUGUACGAGAUCUGCGUCUGCACACGAUUGUUGGUGUCAACCCUUGGGAACGCGAGGAGAAGCAGGUCGUAAUUGUCAAUUUGCAAGUGUAUCCUUCUGCUAUACCUUAUGAUAAGGUGUUUGAAAAGGAAAACAAGUCAUAUAACCUUCGUACCAUCGUCCGUACUCUCACGCGUCAUAUCGAAGAUUCAGGCUACAAGACGAUCGAGGCAUUGGCCGUGACUUUGGCUCGACUUGCCCUUGAGAAAUGCCACGUCAACAAGAUUACCGUGCGAGUGGAGAAGCCGAGCGCGAUUCUGUUUGCUGAUUGCUCGGGCCUUGAGGUGACUCGUGAUCGUGUCUGGUUGAAGCAAGUAUUGGAACAAGAAGAAAAGGCGGGCAGGAAGUUUAUACAUCAUAUUGAUCGACUAAGAUACAAAAAGGAAGUACCUGUCAAUUGCAACCAGACUGCCUAUAUCGCUCUUGGCUCCAAUAUGGGCGAUCGUGUGGGAAAUAUAAAUACUGCCUUGCUACAGUUGGAAAAGGACGGACAGAGUGUAGUGCUCGAUACAAGCUAUCUAUAUGAAACACCGCCCAUGUACCAUACGGAUCAACCCGCAUUCCUGAACGCCGUCUGCAAGAUCGCGACCUGUUUAGAACCUCAUGCUCUGCUUGAUAAAUUAAAAGGGAUUGAACAAGAUCUAGGCCGUCAGCCAACCUUCAGAAAUGGCCCUCGGCCGAUCGACUUGGAUAUCCUAUUCUAUAAUGAUCUCGUGAUGAGCGAUGAGCGACUGACCAUUCCUCAUGCCUCUAUUCAAGAACGCGAAUUCGUUCUUUGGCCACUAUGUGAUAUUGCCAGGGACAUGGAGCAUCCACGACUAUUCAAGACGAACGGACAGCUGCUGUCACAGCUUUUGAAGAUGUCUGCCGAGACAAAAGAUGGACCUGCUAAGCUGGACAAGGUGAUACCUAUCCAAGACCAAAAACUAUGGAAAUGGGACGAAAAGACAUACAUCAUGGGUAUUCUUAAUGCCACACCCGACAGCUUCUCAGACGGCGGUAGUUACACCGAUCUCGACGCAGGUGUAGCUGCAGCAUGGCGUAUGAAGGAAGAAGGUGCAGAUAUGAUUGAUAUCGGUGGUAUGUCGACACGUCCAGGAGCAGACGAUACAUUUCCUGAAGAAGAAGAAAUACGCCGUGUGGUGCCUUUGAUCAAGGCCCUGCGUCAAUCUGGCUUUGACUUGCCAAUCUCCAUCGACACCUUCCGUGCCUCGGUGGCCAAAGCUGCUCUGGAGGCAGGCGCCAGCAUGAUCAACGAUAUCUCAGGCGGCUCGAGAGAUCCUCAGAUGCUCAAACUCAUGGCCGAUGCACAAGUCCCCGUUUGCUUGAUGCACAUGCGCGGUGAUGCACAAACCAUGAUGUCAGAAGCCAACACGACUUAUGAGAACAACGAUGUUUUGGAUGAAGUGGCUCAUGUUCUUCAUGCCUUGGUCGAACGAGCUGUGGCUGCAGGUGUGCAUCGUUGGAAUAUCAUCAUUGACCCAGGUAUCGGGUUUGCCAAGACGCCUAGUCAGGACUUUGAAUUGCUCAGACACUUGGAAGAAAUGUCUAAAAAUCCAGAAUCACUUCUUAGGGGGCUGCCUUUGCUGAUGGGUAUCAGUCGUAAAAAGUUCAUUGGACAGGUCACAGGUGUGAAGGAAGCAAGUCAAAGGACAUUUGGUACAGCAGCUGCCGUGGCUGCCUCAGUCGCUGGUGGUGCCAACAUCAUUCGUGUGCAUGAUGUGAGGCCGAUGUGGGAAGUUAUUCAAGUGUGUGACACGGUCUGGAAACGCAAGUAAAAAAAAAAAGUAUAUAACUGGUCAUCUUUGUAUAUUUUAAGAAAUAAUUCAACAAUGUAAUAAUAAAUCGCAUGCUUUGAUCGACACAAGUCAUUACAAUGAGAGUAGUAUGAUAAACAAGGGGGGAUGUAUGUAUAAAGUAAGAUUGACGAUAAGAAAAAGAGAGAAGGAGAGAGAGACCCUUCUAAUUAGCGGUGUGCUAUAAAUAGUACUCUCCAUUUAAAGAAGAAGCAAAACAAUAAACAAACAAAUAAGGAGCAAAUAUUCAUAGCUUCUUGAAGCUAUUUAGAUUGUAUAAAAUCAAAUAUCAAUUAUAAAAGACUACAUGUAGCAUCUAAUUCAGCACUUACUGAUGACAAACACAGUAAAUUACAAAAA